UGAAUCUUAGUAAUUGAUAACCACGAGCUCUCAUCUCUCUCUCUCUCUCUCCCCUCUCACUAUCCAAUCAGAUCUCUCUCCUCUUUCUAACAUCAUCGGCGAUUACAAACCAUUACCGAUCAAAUCUGACUCGAAUCCGGCUUCCUCCAACGCCGUCGACGACGGUCUCCACCUCUCCAAACACCUGUACUUCGGGAAGGAUCCAGGCGAGUCGCUACACAAGCCGUCGUCGAGAAAGGACAAGGCGGUCGCCGGCUGCGCCUACCUCCCGACGUCGCCUACGGUCUACGAUGUGAUAUCGAACCCGAUGAUCGUCGAAAACCCGGACAUCUCGAGUACCAGCCGCACGUGCACACCACCUACCUCGCUGUCGACGAUCCCAAUGGCAACACGAUUUCACCGGCGAUAAGAACACCCAUGCUCUCAUGGAGCGCACCAAGCACCAUUUAGGACCAUAUCCAUCGGAUGAUCAGGUUGAUGCUCUAUCAUCAGAUGACUCGUCUUCCUCAAACGCACAGAUCGAAGUCAUUACUGUGUAUAAUCAUAACAAGCAGUUAACAUCUGAAGGUGCUUUGAUGGGAAGGACAUAUCGAGGUGUAUCAGGACUACAUGAUACACCGCGUGGCUCUGUUAUUUUAUUUACCUGUAUAGAUGGGUUUAGGUCCGUUAAGCAACUUUAUGGACAACACCUCUGCAUUAUCUCACCAAUGUUCAGCGGAGGCAGUGGAACCAAUUGAGGAUAGGCAGUGAGGAGUGAGGACUGAUUGAGGCCCUUGAAUCCCAUCAUUCAUCCCUUUAAUGGCACCAUGCAGAGAGUAGGACUGCCAAGAAUUGGAUGCCAUCAAUGUCACAGAUUUAGAUGGGUUCCAAUCUUACAAAUGGUUGAAUUUGAAAAAUUAUAGACUUCAAGUAAGAAGAGCAAGCUUGGAAGUGGCAAUAGUCCAAGAGACGUGUGGCUGCUGGUGCCUACAAGCUUUUCUUGUUUUUGCAGUAAUAAAAUUCUGCGGCUGCUACCCUUUUCUCCUUC